AUGGCUCCGACGCGCCGACGCGGAGCCAACAAGGCCAAGGCCAAUGGCCACUUGAGUUUGGGCGAUCUCGUCCUCGCCAAGGUUAAGGGCUUCCCGGCUUGGCCUGCCAAGAUAAGCAGGCCUGAAGAUUGGGAGAAACCCCCUGAUCCGAAGAAAUUUUUUGUUCAAUUUUUUGGUACGAAAGAAAUAGCUUUUGUUGCCCCUGCCGAUAUUCAGGUGUUCACCAAUGAGGCUAAAAUUAAGUUGUCUGCUCGGUGUCAAGGCAAGACAAAGUACUUUACCCAGGCUGUGAAGGAAAUAUGCGCCGAAUUUGAUGAGUUAGAGAAACAGAAAGUUAGUGGUUUGGGAGAUGGCACUGAUGAUUCACGUAUUGGUACAGAGGCUCCUUCUGUAGAUGGGGUAGUGGGUCAUGUAAUGGAUGCCAAUGAUGCUGUGGCAUUAAAUGUAGAAAAAGCAAACACCUUUGCGGGAGAUGUUUGCUCUAAUUUGGAGCACUGUGCACAGAGAUGUGGAGAAAGUAAUAACCAAGAUGAAAAGCCUUCUAUAUCUGGCCAUCCAAUUGACAGUUCAUCUCCGGUUUCAUCACUUGUGAUCAAAAGUAAAUCAUCCAUUGGUGCAGAACUAAAUAAGCAUACUAGCAAACCUGGUCUUAAGGAUCGAUCAUGUCUGAAAGUGGAAGUUUCUGAUUGUAAGGAUGUGUGCAAUAGUAAUGACUUCAAGCUAGCUGAUAAUGUACAGAGUGUUUUUACAAAUGGUAACAAGCCAAGAAAACUUGUUACUGGCUCAAGAAGGAGAAGCAGAACUGCAGAUGAUAGAAAAGCAAGUGGUAGAUCCAAUAGAGCAUUUUUGAAGGAUGAAAAUUCUGCAGGUUGUGCUGAUAUUUCCAGGUCUGGAGAGACAUUGAAAGGUGGGAAAAAAGGGGAAAAUACAUUUUCUAUUAAAUCAGAUUCUCCCGAUGCUCUUAAAGCAGACUCUGACAUUAACAGUGGAAACAAGCAUAAGAACUUGCUAAAAGUUAAAACAAGUCUUAAGUUAAAAAAUGAGUUGCAGGAGUUCUUUGUUGUUUCUGAGGAGGCUCAUACAAAAUAUUCUUUUAAGCAAAACAAGACCCAAGUUCAUGGAAAGCAUAAUUUGGGAACAAAUGAAACUUUACAUGCUACCAAGAAGUUGAAGUGUACGGAUACCAAAGACAAUAAAACUUUAAAAUCUCUCUUGGAUGAUGUGAAGGGUACUUUGCCUAGCUCUCCUGUUGAUGACAAAGCUUUUCAAAAAAUAGAGUUGAAAAAAUCUACAUCAUGUUUGAAAACAGAUAAGUGUUUGCAAUCAAGGGGUCAGAUCAGUGUUGUAGGUUCUGAUGAUUCUGCUCAUGAAGUAUUGCAUGAGACUAAAGAUCAUACCCAAGUCCAACAAGCUAUGCAUGAUUCUGCUAACCUUGCUUCUAGUGAAAAUACAGAAAUGAGUUCUCUUAGACUGAAAGGUGAUGCAAAUAAUCUUAUGGUUAAACAAGUACAGAGGAAACGUAAAGCUGUUUGCCUUUUUGAUUAUGAUGAUGAUGAACCCAAGACUCCUGUUCAUGGAGGACCUGCUAAAAAUAUUAAAUCACCUUUUGUUUCAGAGGUUAUGAAGAGUAAGGAUGCAUUACUAGAAAAUGUCGAUGUUGCUCAUCUGGGUAAUAGAAACGAACCCAUUUCUGAAUUACAUAAUGAUACUUUGCCAACAGGCCAUCCUCAAAAAGAGAAGGCUGAUGAAGCUAUCCCUGUCCAUUUAUCUCACAGUCCCGGGAAAUUAGAUUCGAAACAGUUUCCUUCCAAGGUGGAAAAAUUAAGUUCUAGCUCUCCAGUUGAUUCACCUCAAUCAGUACCUACAGCAAUGCAAAAUCCCGAGCGACAUAAAUCUUCCAAACCUUUGCUUAAAAUUUCCAGUAAUGCUACUCAAAAGAAGACUAAUCAUGGGUCUUCAAACAGUUUAAAUACCAUCAGCUCUUCCCAGAGUCAGGUUGCUACUCAUAAAAAGAAGCCUGCAUCUUCAGUGGAAAAUUCUAAAACUACUCCAAAGACAUUACCACAGGCCGCUGAAGUUCUUGCAACAACAGAAAAUUUAAAGGAGCUUGAUGCUUUUCAUGUUUAUAGAUCAGAGGUGGUCAUGGAAGAACAAAGUAGUCUAUAUACUGGUUCUAGGACUCCGGAAACUGCUAAUACUAUGAAGCAUCUAAUUGCGGCUGCCCAGGCGAAAAGGAGACUAGUAGCUCAAUCUCUGUGUCAACCUCUUGUCCUUUACAAUGCUCAAGGGGGAACUCCUAGCCCCUCUACAUUUCAGCCUUUUCUGUCUGUCUCAAGCAAUUUUUGCCAGGCAGAUCUGCUGGGAGUUUUUGAGCACCCAACAUUGGCUUCUCCAUCAAUCAGUGGGCAUCACUCCACUCCUCAAAAUCAAGUUGAUGCUGAAGAAAAUGAGGAAAAAAGAGUUGGUUCAGUGCAAAGGGCUGCAGGGGGCUCUUUAAGUGGUGGUACUGAGGCUGCUGUUGCUCGUGAUGCCUUUGAAGGAAUGAUUGAGACUUUAACAAGGACCAAGGAAAGUAUUGGGCGUGCAACACGUCUUGCCAUUGAUUGUGCUAAGUAUGGCAUUGCUAAUGAGGUUGUUGAACUUCUUAUCCGAAAGCUGGAAAACGAAACUAGUUUUCAUCGUAAAGUGGAUUUGUUCUUUCUCGUUGAUUCCAUCACUCAGUGCUCACAUAAUCAAAAAGGCAUUGUAGGAGCCUCUUACAUCCCUAUAGUUCAAGGAGGGUUGCCCCGUCUUCUUGCUGCUGCUGCUCCCCCUGGAGCUAGUGCUCGUGAAAAUCGUCGCCAGUGUCUCAAGGUUUUAAGGCUGUGGCUUGAUAGGAAAAUUUUUCCUGAAUCAGUUCUUCGCCGUUACAUGGAUGAUAUUGGAGUUUCAAAUGAUGAUGUGACAACUAGCUUUUCUCUCAGGCGUCCUUCUAGGGAGGAACGGUCUGUGGAUGACCCAAUUAGAGAAAUGGAGGGCAUGCUUGUUGAUGAGUAUGGAAGUAAUGCUACAUUUCAGCUGCCUGGCUUUUUAUCUUCUCAUGUGUUUGAAGAAGAUGAAGAUGAUUUUCCUAGUAAUGCAUCUCCAGCAGAUACCAAUCACACUCUUGUGGAUUCAGAAACUUCUACAGUUACCCCAAAUGACAAGCGCCAUUGUAUCUUGGAGGAUGUGGAUGGUGAGCUGGAAAUGGAAGAUGUUUCAGGUCACCCAAAGGAUGAAAAGCCUGUACUUUUGAACAGUUCUUCUGAAGUGGAUUUUCAACUUCGGGGCUCAGAUAUGAUUUUGGCUCCAGCUUCGAACAUUUCUGCAGAAAUACCUGGUAUUCUUGAGGGUUCUCCUCCAUUGCCACUAGAUUCACCCCCUCCUCCCCCACCUUUGCCUUCUUCACCUCCACCACUACCUCCUCUUUUAUCUCCAUCUCCUCCCCCAGCCCCACCUCCCCUAGUGUUGCAACCCCCACCUCUUCCUUUGCCACCCCCAGGCCCUCCACCAUCAUUGAUUUCUCAAUCAUCUCGACCAGCUCAGCCUUCACUUUUCUCCCAGGCACUAGUGCCACCUCAAUCAUCACAUCAGUCAUCACCGCUGUCUGGGUAUCCACAGAUUGUACCUCAUGACUAUAGUGGCACAACUAGUGGGAACCAAAUAGUUCAAAUGGCUGGAAAUUCUUUUAAUGGAGAUCACAAUAGUGCAGUUGUCAAAAAUGAUAUAUUGUCACAGCCAUCUCCUUGCUUUCCUCCAAUGGCAGGCUGCAGCUCUCAGGAACCUUCUGGUUUUAACCCUCCAAGGCCGUUAGAAUAUGGACAGAAUGAUAUGUAUCUAAAUUCUCAAGUUCCCCAAUCUAACCAGCAAUUUCAGCAGGGCAACCCUCCAUUUGCUCCAAGACACAUGCAUCCUGCCCCACCCCAAAAUCCACCCAAUCAGUAUUCAUAUCCAAAGCCUACAGUUCAGCAGCAUCGUCCACAUUCUUUCCAUCCUCCCUUCUCAUUGCCAUCCCUUCCAGAUGGCCAGAGGCCAUUUGUUGCUAAUGAACAAUGGAGGAUGUCAUCAAAUGAAUUUAUAACAAACAAUCAACAGGGUUUAUGGCGAGGGGGAAAUCCUUCAUGCCCUGGUCCAUCCUUUAGGCAGGAAGGAUAUUUCCGGCCACCUCUUGAAAGACCACCAAUAAGCAAUGCAGGUUUUCUGCAUGCAAACCCUGUUAACAUACUUGCUCCUCCAAUGUCAGGACAUGGUGUUCCUCAGAUGUUGCCCCCCUGUAGACCAGACAUUCCUGCACUUAAUUGUUGGAGGCCUACUUGAUGUUGAUGGAAUUUUUUUCAAAUUAAUAUGCAAAAUUGCUGGUGCUGUUGCUGGUGGAUCAACAAUAAAGGCUACAUUGUGUGGCUUGAAGUUAGAUUCACUUGUGUAGUAUGUACAACUACCCCCAAAGAAAAUUUUGAAAACUUGUGGAGGCCUUUGGCAGGACUGUGUAUAUUGUAAUUUUUCCUGAGAAUGUAUCCCAAGAGAAUUUGCUUCCCAGUUUAGGCCCUUGUUACUGACUUGGUUUUUCGUAACAAAGAUGUGGAGACGGUGAUUACUUUUAUUUUCAAUGCGGUCACUGAACAAAGAAUAAGGUCAGACUUCCAUCACAUACGAAACUAUAGAUCUUUUAGGUAAAUAUUUGACAUGGAGGACGGAC